GGGGCUCUUCGACGGAUACCAGAAGAACAAUGGAUGAGAUGUCAAAAUAAACUCUGGAUGGUCUUCAUUAACUGAAUCAUGGAGGACAGUGAUGAUAUUAAAACGCACAACAACGUGUGCAGCUCUGAGGAGGGCGAAGGAGAAGUCCUGAGGAAGGUGGAAGAUGGUGACAACCCACAGACUGCUGACCUGUUUACUAGCAGCAGGACAGGACUGAACAAAGUUGGGCUCUCUAACCAUGAGGACCAUCCUGCACCAUCUCUGGUGAGUCCCACCACUGAGCCUCCAGGAGGAGUGGCUCUUAAAGUAGCAACGACUGUCCUCCACCCAGUGUGUCUGGGAGAGAGUCCCCUAAUGCUGCCACUCCAUCUCCAGAUGGCCGGAGCAGCUGGUCCUCAGCUCGGCCAAUUAGGAGCAGCGCCGUACUUGAUAACGAGCCAAAGCCCCGUUUCACUUCCCCUAGUUCUGGACCAGCAGGUCAUCCAGCACCUGAGUCCCUCUGUCAUCCCUCAGACCACGACCUGCCCACAGUUGCCCCUCCAGAACAACAGCCUGUGUUCGAACCCUUUGUCGUUUGGUUUACCUACAGCUGUCGACCCAAAGGCAGCAGGACAGUCGCAGGAAGCCACCCUGCUGUCUCUGCUGCAGAAUCCAGCUUUUGCAGCCAUCUUGCAGGACCUUUUUCCUCCACAGGCUGGAUCUUCAACAUGUCAAUCCCAGGGCUCUGCCUUCUUCCCCCUUCCUCCCCUCGUUCCUCCCUAUACCUCCCCUCUGGCUCCUCUGGUCCCUCCUGCUACACUUCUGGUCCCCUACCCUGUUGUCAUCCCCCUCCCAGUACCUCUACCUGUCCCCCUCCCUAUCCCUAUCCCCGUACUUCAGACUGAGGACUCCAAGGGGAGCGUUCCAAAACCAGUUUGCACUGUGAGUAAAAGCACUCAGACGUCACUGAAAGAUACUACCUCUCCAAGGAAACGCAUGCUUCCCUUCCAGUCCCAAGAUGUGUCCCCGUCCCUUACGUCUCCAGAGGAGGGACAGAUUCUGGACCUUUCUGUCAGGGCCUGUCCAAUGGAAGUAAAACAGGAAUAUCCCUAUCCACAGCAGGACAGUGCGCUGGACUUGUCGGUGCCUAGUGUGAGGAAGCAAGUUGGCUUAGAGUCAUGUCAAGAUUCGAACAGCGCUGCACUGUCUCUCGGUGUUGAGUGCGCGCAGAGUUUAGACUCCAAACUCCUGGGCAGUCUAACUUCACUGGAGUUCAGUCGGCAGCACAAGUGGCUGGUCGACACCAGCGUGGCAGGAUCCAGCUCUCUGAGUCAGCAGAGCGCAACCGCAAACCUCGAGUUUGUCAGCACCUCUCAGACGGCCAAGGUCAUUGUCUCUGUGAAAGAUGCCAUCCCUGCCAUCCUUUGUGGGAAGAUUAAAGGUCUCUCCGGAGUCUCCACCAAGAACUUCUCCAUCAAGCGGGAUGGAAGCCAGGGGGCUUCUCUGCAGCAGCUCUAUGGGAUGCCGUCAUCGUCUCGGGGGCAGCAGGACCCCAACAAUAAUCAUAAAAAGGUUUCUAAAAACAGAGCAAUCAAACUAAAGAAGGUCAGCUCUCAGGAGAUCCACUUUCUUCCUAUUAAGAAGCAGAGACUUGCAGCGCUUCUCCCCAGGAAGUAGGAGCACUCACCCGGGUGGGGGUUUGGUUAAUGGCUUGACGGCCCCCUGGGCAGCAUCAAAGAGCAAAGGUUGGCUCAAGAGGAUUGCUCAGUUUCUACUGGGUGACUGAUGGAUGAGGCCGCUCAGCUGAUUGUGUGUCUUCUCAAUAAAUCACACACGUGCACGUUAUAACA